AUGGCACAUCAACCAUCAAGCCCACGCAUGCCAUCGCGACAAGGCCCAGCGGUACGCAAGCUAGGGUCAGACAAGCGUAAACGCAACGAGGACGAUGACAGUGUCUCUCCUCCUGCCCCAACUCGACGACGUCUAACCUCUAGCUCCAUAGAAUCUGCAGAAUCGGUGUUAUUUCAACUAUCCUCCGAACCCCCAGACUCCCCAGGAUCCCCGACAUCCCCUGUCCCGUAUCCCCUGCCAGAUGGCAACAGUUCACUAAGUGAUGGAAAGAUACCCAGUACGCCCGCUAGCCUUGCAAGUGAUGAUAGAGACCCUGUGACGGACGAACAAGUCUGUGAAUAUCACCGAAAGGGAGGCGAGUACCAAGGAUGGAUUGCCGACCCAACUCUAGGUGGAUGCAGAUGUCCGCGAGCCACCAAAUCAUUGUUCGAAUUAUUCAACAACAAGAAUAAGAGAGAGAGAUUUCUUUGUCCGCAUAACCAUUUCGACAACCCACCUCUCUCUAUCCGCGAGGACUUGGGGGAAUUAGGUUUCCCAACAAGAACCUACAAGUUCCGCUAUGUAAGCCUGUUAGUGCAUGGCUUUGACGAGGAUGGCUACAGAAGGGAAUCCGAUUAUCAACAUACUAUCGCAGAAGGCGUUAUUAUCGGUGAAUGCCUUUUCAGAUUCACUGGACCUCAUUGGUCAGAUAUCGCCAUUGCUCAAUAUAAAUUUGACCAUCCUAUCGAUACUCUCAACUAUCUUUAUUUUACUAAUGUCCAGAACGACGAGACUCUACCCUACGUGCAAGAGAUUCUCUACCCAAGACAUGAUGUGGACUGGCCUGUGUAUAAGGAACUUAAGAAACAAGUAUGGGAGUAUGGUACAGAUGAGUAUAAAGAGAUUCUAGGUACAAAGCUGGGGAAUGCAGCGGCCUGUCUUGUGCUAGGGGCUUGGGAUAGAGGUACGCAUCGCAUUGCUAGAGUUCUCACUCUCGGCCGUGAGUACAAGAUACACCUACGAUUUGAUAUUGAGCCAAUCCCUACGUCGGAACCUUGA